UGUUAAGCUAACUGACGUGUUGAGGGAAAUGUGCCCAAACAAACUGGCGAAGUUCAGCUUAGCUCCAAAUAAAAGCUAUAAUGUCUGACUUCGUAUAUUCUUGUGAUUAGACACAUUGUUAAAAAAAAAUAAAUACUAUGGAUAUGUUAAAUAAAUUGACGUCUCUUUUCCAGCAGGCCCUGGAGACAAGAGAGCCUUCGGUAAAUCUGCUCGACUCCUUCGUCGAUCAUUGGAAAGGAAUAACCAACUAUUACAUCGAAACUACAGAUGAAGCACAGCCGGUGAAGCAGACGGACAUCCCGUGGAGACUAAAGCAGAUGCUGGACAUUCUGGUGUAUGAGGAGAGACAGCAGGAGGUGGAGGAGACAGGGCCCUGCAUGGAGUACCUUCUCCAGCACAAACUACUAGAGACACUUUGCACGCUGGGAAAGGCUCAGUAUCCUCCUGGAAUGAGCCAGCAGGUCCUACUCUUUUUCUCCAAACUCCUGGCACAGAUCCAGAAGCCUAUGCUGCAUGUGAUUAAUGUGUAUCGACCUGUACAGAAGCUGAUUCGCCUGUGUGGGCUCCCUGACUCACAGACAGAGAAGGAGGAGUCGAUGUUCCUCUUUUCUGUUUGUUCUCGUGUAAACAAAGACCCGUACGUCCUCAACUACAUCCUAGGGACUAAUAAAGAAGCCCGGCCACAGAGAUGUAGCUCUGCGUCAGAGGAAGGUGUAGAAGGAGCUUGUGGAGGAUCCACGCCAGAGAACUCGGCUUCUCCGUCUACGCAGAGCCCGAGCCAACCAGACGUGUGUUUUUUCCAGAUUCUUGUGCAGCUUGGGAGAAGCCAGAAAAGCCGUGUGGCCUUGCGGGCGAAGGAGAGUGUGCUGCUUCUCACCAGCAUUCCUCAGGAGGACACGGCCAAGCUUCUGGCAGAGCAAACUCCACUGUGUGACCUUCUGGCUCAGAGAGCGUGUGAACUCUACAGUAACAUCCCCACCACACUCCAUCCUGAGGAUAUACACAUCUACACGUUAAAGCACUGGAGGACUCUGUUAUCUCCAGUCAGCGUGGAGGAAAGCCAGUCGUUUGCAGCGCAGGAGCACAUGGACAGGUUCUUCUGCUGGCUCGACUACUGCGAUCAGCUCAUUAAAGAUGCACCAGAGGUGCUUGCUGUUAAACUUGCCAGAGCUCUUCAUCAGCAGUGGCUCGCCGGAAUCAUUCAGCCUCAGCUGCUCCAGAUGUCGGAGGUCGGCGUUCUGGUCCACACGGCUCUCCUGUCACGAUGCGUCCAUUACGCGCAGUCCGCCGUCCUGCUGCACGAGCUGACGCACUUCCUGCUGGGUGAUGACACGCCCCGGGAGCAUCCAACCGACACGCCCCCGCGCACACACCCGCUACGCUACCAGCUCAUCAAACACUGCGACCACAUCUCAGACGAGAUUAGCAUCACUACCUUACGGCUGUUCCUGGAGCUCCUGAAGAAGCCCGACAAACACAUCUUGGCCAACCUGGUACUGCAGAACCUCGAGAGUCGCUCCUACAGGGUGCCGGGUUCAGCGGGUACCGAGGAGAGAUCGGGAAAUGAUACCGAUUUCCUGGAAGAGUCAGAAGAAAUGGAGGAGGAUCCUUUCUUCACAGACAGCGAGUUCAGCGGCUCGGAGCGUUUGCUGACCUUGUCCAGGGAAGACAGGAAGUCCGGCGCGCACACACAGAUAGCUGAAACCGUUAACAGUUUCCUGUGCUUAGUUCCUCAAGAGGCAAAAACUUCCCAGCACGUACAGGGAGCAGGACACGACACGUACGUCCACGAUGCUCUGAUAUCGCUGAAAGAGUGUACGAUAGUUUCUGCCGACUGGGGUUGGCCCAACACUCCGAAACCCCCCGAAGUCCAUUCCGGUAGCACCGACUUUUACGAAGGCCACUUCCUCAAAGUGCUUUUAGACAGAAUCGCACGCAUCCUAGAGCAGCCAUACGAGCUGAACCUGCAGGUGACUUCGGUUCUGUCUCAGCUGGCCGUGUUUCCUCAUCCACAUCUACACGAGUACCUGCUGGACCCCUACAUAAGCCUGAGCUCUGGCACUCGCUCCCUCUUCUCUACACUCGUCCGUGUGAUCGGCCAGCUGAUGCAGAGGAUCCAGCACAUCCCAAACUUCACCCAGAGACUCAUCUCCGUCAGGAAACAGCUCAUGGGCCUUGAGGAGGAGACUGUAGCGGAACACGGUACGCUGUUGAAGGGUGUGAUCGUACUGGAGGAGUUCUGUAAGGAGCUGGCGGCCAUCGCCUUCGUCAAACUCCCUGCGGUCGAUCAGGAGCAUCUCUAAGCACCGUAAAUAAACAGAGGGACGGAACUUCAGGCGCUUCAGAGUUUACACGUGUUUGCACAGAUGAAGGCGAGACUGUCGCCGCAGGGUACAGGAUGCACCGGCACGGGUCACUUUCCGCUCGCGCGGGUACCGUACGGCUCGGUACCGCCGUCUCGUUGCUGCACGCGGUUGGAGCCUUUUACCUUUUGAAGAUGUUUGUUGACUUUAUUAAAACAGUUGAGAAUCAACUGGAUAAACGACGACGAUUUAUCAAAACAAAUAUCUAAAGUGAUGAAGGUGAGUUCUUUCUCACUCACUGCAAUAACACUAAAACUGGAAAAAAAAAAAAAAAACAAGAUCUCAAGAUAUUUUCAUAUCCAUCCGAACGUGAUGAAGAUGCAGUGGCCUUAUUUAGUAUUUAUAUUGUGUAUUUUUAUACACAGACGUCACGACAAAACUAUUAUUUUUAAGUCGGAUAACUUAAAACAAUUUACAAUCAAAAUUGUAAUGAUUUGGAUUUGCUAAAAUAUUCUAAUGCAAAUUAUUUUUUUAGAAACUCAAGUGGCGUGGUCUUAAUUGUUGCUGCUGGAUAAGGUCUGACCCCACCCCCUGAACCAUUAAUUAGAAUAUGUGCAGGUGGGAGGGGCUGGAUCAGGUCUGACCCCACCCCCUGGACCAUUAAUUAGAAUAUGCGCAGGUGGGAGGGGCUGGAUCAGGUCUGACCCCACCCCCUGGACCAUUAAUUAGAAUAUGCGCAGGUGGGAGGGGCUGGAUCAGGUCUGACCCCACCCCCUGGACCAUUACUUAGAAUGUGCACAGGUGGGAGGGGCUGGAUCAGGUCUGACCCCACCCCCUGGACCAUUAAUUAGAAUAUGCACAGGUGGGAGGGGCUGGAUCAGGUCUGACCCCACCCCCUGAACCAUUAAUUAGAAUAUGCACAGGUGGGAGGGGCUGGAUCAGGUCUGACCCCACCCCCUGGAUUAGAGCAAUAAUAUAGUGUGUUCAAGAAGAUCCCCUUUAUCUACAUGUCAUGAAACAUUAAAAAAACAUAUUAAAAAAAACAUAUUUAUAUUAAUUAUAAAACAUAUGCACAUGCUGUGUUACAUAAAAUACAUAAUCCCAAAGAGUACCAAAUGGCCACAGGUAGCGACAAUAUCAAAUUGUUGUGUUCAUGCUCAAAUUUUUGCACAUUGAAUAUUAAGAUAGAUCGAUUAUAUACUGAUUAUUGUCCAACAGCACAGUUUAAUUAACCUGAGUUUGGAGCCAUCAAACAUCUCUCAUUUCAUCUUUACUACUCAUCGUGUUUCCCGUAGUGAUCUCCUUUAAUUAUCAUUUAUUUAAUGUGUAUUUAAUGAUUAAAAUGAUCAUAUCUCAGUGAUGCGUUUAGAAUACUCGAGCCUUAGUCUUUAUAUUAUUAUUUAUACUAUAAUAUUAUCAUUAUAGGAUUUUAAAUCCGUAUGGAAAAAGGCUCAAGUCAACUUUAUUAAGUGUGAUUCUGUGCAUGUGGACAUUUAUUAUUAUUGUUGUUUGAAUUGCUGAACCAGACAGUAAAAAACAGUAUAUAUUUCUGGUCAUGUUUCGUUAUCUUAUCUUUUCAAACUUGUGUAUUUUUUUUUUCCUUUUUUUGUUUCUUUGACGAAUUCAGUCUUUGUUGUUGAAAUGGCGCGACUUGUAAACAUGAAACAAUCCGAUCUGUGUGCACACACGGAUAAUAUAAAGAUGACAAUCAUGAUACACUUGGCACAUUUUUUUCCAGUGUUUUUAAUCCGGAUUUCUAUCCAUAGCCGUCUCUCCCUCCCUCCGUCUCUCUCCCUGUCUUUGUGUUUCUCUCUCUCCCCCUUUCUGUCGUCAAACAGCAACAAAAAAUGCCUGUAGUUUAACAGCUCCAGUUUUUUUUCAGACUAAAUUGUCGUGCCUUCUGUAUGCCAUAAAAAUGUGUGUUUAUUCUUUGCUUCAUGUACAAAAAAAGAUAUGUUCACUAUUCACCAAUGUUUAAUAAGCAUUAAACGAAAACUUCCAA